AACUCAGUCUUUAGUUGCUUUCAGAAACUUGAACGUCUCUCUUCUUCAGAACGAAAUUUAAAUAUCCAUAUAUUUUUCUACAUUCGAGUUUCACGCCUCGCUCUGAUUUAUAUUUAUAAAUUUGAAAGUUCUUCGAGUGCGGGAGAGGAUUACUUGUUCAAAUGCGAUCAGUUCAGUAGAACGCGAAGUUCGGUGGUGAUUUUGUGGCUAUCGGAUUUUUUUUUCAAGUGUUCGAAAAUAGGUACAGGACACAGUUCUAACAAUGGUCAAGGGGUUGUACACGAGGGGCAGGCCCAGCUCUGGCUUUCGGAGGAUAACGUAUACAAACGCCAGGGCCAAAGAGAAAGAAGAGUGGACGUGGAGUCUUGCAUAAACAACCUUCGAAUCGCCAAUCAACCGAAAGAACGUCGUCAAUCGAGACGUACCUCCAACACCAAUCUAGACCACGCGACUUACACGAAACCCACGAGAGAAAAGUUGAAAUACGAGAAGAGAAGUUUGGAGAACGUUUCUAACAUCAGGAUAGAGUCGACCAAUGCGGAAUAUCCCCCGAGUCUGAGAAGAUGCCGGAGUUUGGCGCUCACCAAGGAGGACGUCUUCAAUAGCUUGGAGAUCAGCAACGAUGGAAGGCCAAGCAGAAGGGCACAGCUCAUACCAAGGGUGAAACUUCAGAGCAAGACUGUGAGAGAGCAAAGUUCCAGGUACGGAUCGUACCGUGCGAGCAACGAGGAGCUCUACACGCGGCCCAACAGACCGAAACACAACCCGGAACCGCACCAGCACAACCCCGGCAAACCUUCCAGACAGAUCAGCGUCCCGCCCGAUAAAAGAAAUCGCAUAGACGAGAACGAAUACGACAGCUUGGAAUACCGCCCUCCGACCAACCGCCAGAACGAGGAACCGCCGAGCCUCAAGUUACCCAACUACUAUCCGGACUCGAUAUACGAAUCGGACAACACCGAAUACACGUCGACGGCCGAAAAUCUAUCGGUACGAGGCAAAAAAUACCUAUCCUGCGACAACAUAUCCGGUCAGAAUUUUCAACAAGAGCCGGAGAGUAUUUCGUACGACGAAAACAUCGUGCUGAGCAAAAACCGCCCGCUGUACAGCUCCCUGCAAGACGCGGCGGUCUACGAAAAACCGAAGACCAUUAGGAGCCCUUCGGUUUUGCGAUCAGCUGAGGAAUACUUUUCGGCGAGACCUGACAAGACCGAACUGAUCGAAGAGGACAAGGUAGAAAAGGAGGAGAGGAAUUCGACCAAAAGCGACGAUAGAAACGCGUCCGAAGUAUACGCGUCAGUAGAGAUCAACCCGCUUUACGAACAGACCAACGUAUCGGAGGAAAAAACCGAAAAAUCCAUCGAGAAUCGAGCACAAGAACACACGACCACACUACAGAUACAUUUCAGCGACAACGACCAUCCGAUUCCCGAAGAUACCAAGACAGUAAUCAAGGUAGAACCUAACCUAACCUCAAACUCGACGGACGACGAAACGAAAGAGGUCGAUCAGCCGAAGAAGGAACAGAAACACAGUCACAAAUACCUCAGAGAGUUCCUGGAGAGUCAGAAGGGUUCCAAGAAACCCCUGCAGAACUUCCUGAGUAAAAAAUUCCCCAACCUAUCCCGUAGGAACUCCAAGGAGAUCCAGACGAACCUGAUCGACAACAACUUCUACUCCCUGCCGGACAUAGCGGCGUGCAAGAAUCUGAGAAAGUGCGACAAAAUUGAUAGGAAGCUGAGGAAGUGCGAUAAAACGGCGAAAUCUGGGGAAUCUGACGACAGAUUCAUCGUUAACAUUGGGAGACACUUCGACCUUACCAAUAAUAACGUUCCCGUCGAUUUCGAGCUCAAGAUCGCGAAGAUACCGAAGAAGAACAAGCCGCGCGGUAAGGAUAAACCGGAGGCUUUCAUCCAGGCCGUUCGGGAUCUGAAGAGGACGCUUGGAGAAAACCAGGAAAAGUCCGACACGAAACCGGAAAUCAUAGCGGUUCAGAGAAAAUCCAGCGCGGAUUCGGUUAUAGAAGAAAAGGAAAAAAUGGACAACAAUCAAUCAGGAUUAGAGUAUCAAGAUAAGCUGGAUAAUAUGCGAAACUACUGGAAGAAACUCGUUGGUUACGAGGAGAAAAAUCAAGAAGACGAAACUAAAAGCGAGAAAGAAGUUAAAACGAAAGUAGAAGAAGUAAAAAAGAAAUUUGAACCAACCCCAGAACCCGCCGAACAAACUAACAAAGUGAAGAAAACUAAAGAGAUCUUCGAGAGCAAAAACAAAACCUCCGUGAAAAGUUCCAAGGGAAUUUUCGAAAAUCCAACUUUCGAAAGAGACAAUCCCUUCGAAAGUCUAAAUCCCAAUAUAGUCGAAGUUAUAGAAAACAAAACCGAAAAUGGGGAACAUAAAGGGAAGCCGGAUCUGGAAAAAGUAAGCGCACCCGAUAGAAAAUGCAGCCCAGUCACCAAAUCCCUGAGCAUAACAUACCCCGAAUUCGACCACGUGAGAUACAGGGUGGUCAAAUCGAACCUCUUCCAGAAAAAGAUCUUUGCGAACUACGAGAAAGAGUCACAAUUCGACGGACUCAUGCAGUACUUACAAGAUUACAGUUUCCAAGAGUUACUCAUGGACAACAACAUCGUAAUAAUCGAACCUAUUAGAACGACCCUGAUUCGAGAAAACAACAAUAAAUAUAAAGGUCCAUCGAAAAACAUAACUCCGUUAUUACACACCAACAUCGAGCAAAAAAACGACAAAAACACACUUAGAAAACACUUUUUCUUCCAUCCAAUAAGGGUCAACAAAGAAGUUAACGACGACGAAUUACCAAAUCCGGAUACCGUAAAACAAGUGAGGCAGAUGUUCGAAAAAAACGAAGACCAAAUAGUGAAUCCGAUGAAAAAAAUAUCAGAGAACAACGGGAACAAAUAUAACACGGAUAAAGUAAAUACCAAUGAUCAGAAUAUGCCAGAAAUGUACAACGAUGAGCAGUGGGACUCUUUCGACGAAGAGGCGUGUUGCGAACAACAGUACAUCACGGAAGACAUGAUGGAAAAGAUAAGGAGAUACGGAACAACCAUAACGUACUACGGAGGAAGAAUAGUCAGAAAACAAUCUAGUCAAGAAAGUCUGACAAACGUCAUUCUGGAAGAAAUAAAAAACAACGAAAUAAACACAAAAAACGACGCAAGCAAAAACGAAGAUUCGCAUAAUAGCAGGUUAAGGUUUAAACUGGUCAAAUCCAACAGUUGUAGCAGCAGGAUGGAACUGGUCGGUACCAAAAAUCUGGCUUCCUCCAAACAAAACUACCGAAAUAAACACGAGGCGAUAAAGAAACAAUUGGAGGAAAAACGACAAGACAAUUCAAACAAUAACAACAACGACGAGAAAACGCUGAACAAGAACGAAAUCAACGAAUGUAUAAGAAAACAGAAUAUUCAAAAACAAGAGGUGGAAAAUAAAAUUUACACUAAAUGGGGCGAAACUAACGGAGAUCAGACGUUUUACGGUAUAAAACUGAACGAUAAGCUGAACGACGCCCGUGUGAUCCACGAUUAUCACACAAACUUUGAAAAGAAUAAAAAUAAGAGUAAAAUAAUAGAAGAGAUGGACUUUGAACCGUUCGAAAUAGCUUGAAAUUCUGUGAACUGUGGGUUUGGACUGUUCUGAUAUUAUUCCUUUUACACUUUGGGAACUUCUUGAUUAUGAUCUUUACACUGAAUCUCGAUGUUGUUGUAAAUAAUGUUGAUAUUUUUUGUGUUUCUUGAAUAAAUUGUAACGAUAAAUUUA